AUGAAGCUACGUACUUAGAGAAUACAUGAAGUAGGUGGCAGUAAUGCUGAUUUUAGGCCUAAGAACUACACUAGACCUGAAGGACUUGAAAGAUUAGAUUUUCUUUCUAAAAAUAAAUCUGUACAAAAUUUCAGCGAAAUAGUAAAGUCAAAGACUAUGAGAUCAUCCCCUCACCCAUAGGAGAUUGCUGAAUAGUUUUACAAGACAAAUCAAAAAUAAAUUAAAGAGAAAUCUAUAAUAAUUCCGCCUCAUCACUCUACUUUAGAAGAUGGGGAAAAACUAAAGGUAUUUACAGGAGACUCGCAUUUGUUGGGAGAUAAAAAGCAAUAAUUUGGAUAUGUUAAACUCAAGACAAAGAGUUAGAAAAAGAAUCCAGAGUUUUAAAGCUUAGUUAAUGAGAAACACGAAUUGCAUGCUACAGCUAUUUAAGAAACGUAAUUGGUAGGUCUAGAAUAGAGAGAUACUUUAGAAGGUAAGAUAGACCUAGAAAAUGUUCGUGAAAUCAGAAAAGCUUUGAGAAGAAGGUAUGCAAAUCGUAAAAAUUUUUAAAAGAUUUUUGCUGCUUGGGAUUACGAUGCUACUGGUAUUAUUACAAUUAAGAAAAUGUAUGAGAUGCUGAAUAAGAUGGAAAUCAAAAUUAAUAUGGACGAAGCUCGUGUGCUUGUAGCUUCAGCUGAUGAAAAUAAUUAGGGAUAUUUAAAUCUCAAUCAGUUUAUGUAUCUUAUUUUUAAUUCAAAUGAAACACUCAAUGUUGACUUGAAAAAGAUUCCAGUUCUUAGUGAAAAUGAAAUGCAGGAAUUAGUUGGAGGAGCUAAAGUCGUAGAUAAACUAGCAGAGGAUGUAAGCAAAGUUAAAAACAGCAGAAAAGAAAAGUAAUUGCUAGCAGUCUUAAAGAAUAGAUUAGAAAUUAUUAUAAACUAAAUACUUCAGCAAGACACUCUUGAUUUUGGUUUUAUACCUUAUGAAAAAUUUGAAACAGCUAUGAAAAAAGUAGCCAUUCCUACUACAGUCAUGGAUGUAGGAGACAUUAGAAGAUUGUAUGAUCAAUAUAAAAUAGACGAACACAAAUUUGAUUAUAAAAAAUUCAUAAAUACUUUAAGAAACUAUAACUUUAUACUAGAAGAUUUAUAUAAACCAGAAGUAGAGGAGGAAGGUGUUCAUUUGAAGAAGAAUUCAGAUAAAAAUUUAUUAUUACAUUAAAAACUCUUAAGUAUGGAAAAGCCUAUCCACAUCAUAGACUCUCAUGAAUAAAAUAGUUGGUAGCUGGAACUAAUUAGAACCAAAGCAAAUAAAGUUUUUAAAACGAUUUAAAGAUAUUUCUCUAGUAAGAAAGAAUUUUAGGAUUUUCUAAAUUCACAGCUUCACUAAACAGAUGGAGAAAAUAUUUCAAAACAAAAUCUUACUAAAUUUUUCAAAAACGUUUUCCUCACUGUAGGUGAAAAGGAUGUCACUUAAAAUGAACUAGAAGGUUUCCUUUCAGCUUUUAGAUAUAACAACCACGGAUAUACCCCAGUUAAUGAGAUAGCUCCUCUAAUUUAUGAAGAGUCAGAUAAAGAAUGGAAUAUACGUAUGCAGUGGAAAAAGAACAGACCAGCUCCACCAAAUUCUAAGCUAUUCCAUGAUGAAUUCCCAAAAGAAGAUUUAGAAUCUAAAGAAAAUGAUGAGGAAUAUAUAAGACAAAAGAAUGGUUGGAUUGAAGAAAAAGAGGAAUAAAAUAAAUAAAACUAAUUAGAAAGUACAAUUUUGAAUAAUAACAGUACACUCUACCAGUAAUAGGAAAAGAGUCCUAAGCGGAGACGCAAUCUAAACACUCAAAAAAAUAUUUCUGCAAGCACGCCUUAACUAGAAACAAUCAACAACGAAUUAGCAAAAAACAUGAAUAGUACUUUUGAGGAUAUGUAAAAGACAAAAUUAAAUGAUACUUAAAAUAAAACUGAAAAUUCUGAUGUUUUCAAAUAAUCUAAUGUCUUUUAAAAUUAAAAUUCCUCCAUCAAUAAUUACAAGACUCUUGUAUAAUCAAAGAGCUUCAAUUUAAAUAGAAUUUUAUAGAAAGUAGAAAACAGACUAUUUAAUUCAUCAACAAAAGCUCUCGAAGUUUAUAGAUCAUUCGAUACUGAUAAUGAUGGCUAUGUUUCUCAGAAAGAUCUUGUUUAGAAGAUAAAAGAAUUAAAUCUGCUUGAAUAUGAAGAAAUCAGACCCUUUUUAUAGUAUUUUGAUCCUGAGUAGAAAGGUUAUGUCAACUUUCAUGAAUUUAGUUCAAAAAUAAGAUCUGGAAUGACAAUAAACAAUCCUGAAGGCAAAAACACAGUUUUCCCUACAAUUCUUCCUGCUGCAGAAAAGAAUGAUAAAGUUAAAUCAAUGCUUCCUAUGAUAAAAACUACUAUUUAAAGUUUAAGAGAUAGUUUCCGUCCAGAUAAUUCUACAUUAGAGGAGCAAAAAAAAACAAGAUUUGGUGCCACUCCUCUCCAUCAAAAUACUUUUGUUAAUAUUGGUGUUUCUGCAAAUAGUCCAAUGUACUAAAAUGAAAAAGAUAGGUUUGAUACAAAGUAUAACCAUCGUAUAUAAUUCUAAAAAGAGGAGCUUAAUAAAAAAUACAAUAUUCUAAAUGCAAGAAUCACAAAAAUUAAAGAAAGAAACAACUCACUUAACACAAAAAUAGAGGAAUAAUGGCAAAAAACUUAGUUUUUGGAAAGUGAAAAAAUAAAAUCCAAGGGGUAUGCUUAGUGGGCAUAUGAGCAUAGAGCUCAUUUACAAAACGACUGGAAAUGA